AUGUCUAGGUUAGAUAGUCUAGUCAACAAGGCCACCGAUCCGACCCUCACUGCGGAUAAUUGGCAGUAUAUCUUGGAUGUCUGCGACAAGAUAUCGUCGGACCCGGAAGCGGAAACAACACGGGCAAUCGAGGUGAUAAAGAGCAAAAUCACCUCGUCCAAGGAUGCAAACACCAUUCUCAGAUGCUUGUCCUUGCUCGUUGCCACUGCCGAAAACUGCGGUUCGCGCAUGAAGCAGGAGAUCGCCACCAAGUCAUUUUUGCAGGAUUGUUUGGUCAAGAAGCUACUGGAUAAGAAACUCCAUAUUACCGUGAAAUACAGAAUAGUCGAAGUGGUUGAACAGCUAAGCAAGAGCUUUAAAAGCGAUCCAUCCUUGAAACCGGUCAAUGACGCUUAUGCGCAAAUUAAAAAGGAAUUUCCCCAACUAAUCAAAGCUCAACAGGGACCCUCCGUGCCAGCGAAACAAGAGAGAACACAGCAGGAUAAAAACAAAGAGGACGAAGAGUUACAACGAGUACUCAAAUUGUCCUUGCAAGAGUACGAAAAUGAACAGAACUUGAAAAAACAAUAUCUCAAUAGCAAACCAUUGCCUGAAACCAAGAAAGCCGAGCAAGAGCCUCCUGCGUCGCCACCGGGCUCCGAGGAGACUGAAACAAUUGCCACCGUGUCUAAAGUAAGAGCCAUUUACGACUUGAUCUCCUACGAAGAAGACGAGUUGUCCUUUAAAAAAGGCGACGUUAUCACUGUUAUCGAAUCGGUUUACCGCGACUGGUGGAGAGGUUCGCUCCCCAAUGGUAAAAUUGGUAUAUUCCCGUUAAACUAUGUGACUCCUAUAGUUAACAAGUCGGCUAAAGAGCUUGCGGCCGAGGCUGAGCAGGAGAAUAAGCUACUCAAUGUUGAGCAAAAGAAGAUUGACAGACUACUCGCCUUGCUAUCCUCCACGAACCCAUUGCAAGUCAACGAGGAUGAAGUGACCGAGUUGUACAACCAAGUCAUUGCGUCGAGAAUCCAGUUGAGCAACCUUAUUGACAAGUAUAGCGUUAGACAAGAAGAAUUGGGAGUGUUGAAUAACCAAUUGACAAAUGAAGUCAAGUCGUAUAAUGACUUGUUGGAUCAACUGAUUGCCAAUAGAUCUAAACAACACCACGCAAGUCAAAGCUACAACCAGAGCCCUUACCCUGUUUCAUCUCAAUUGACUUUUCCUUUACCACUUGGACCACAACAACAGCCACCACAGCAGCAACAACAACAACACCAAAAUCCGGGAUAUCAGGCUCAGCAAGCAUCUGGUAGACCUCUGCAACAAGCCCAACAAGCUCCAGAUCACUACUAUCCUCACACGCAACAUCACCCACAACAAAACCAAGCUCAGCCCUCAUAUAUCCCGGCUCAGUUGACUCAACAGCAGAGCCAACUUGGUCCCAACUAUACCCAUUCCUCCUACAUCCCCCAGCAAUUGACACAACAACUGCAGCCAGCAAACUCCCACGUUCCUGCUCAAGUAUCUAACGCAUCGCAGUCGAGUUCGCCCUACCCGACAUACCAAAGCGCCGAGACGUCGUAUCAACGGGCAUUACAAGAGCAGAGAACCAGUGCUGGAUUCGGAAACGAGUAA